AUGAUGCCGUUAUCUGAACCCCGCCAUAUCAAGAAGCCCCGGUUAUCGCUCAGUUGCAUCGUCUGUCGGCGACGCAAGGUUCGCUGCGGUCGCGAACAGCCACAAUGUGCCAACUGCGUGCGCAUGAAAGAGAAUUGUGUCUACAGGGCCAUGGUCCGAGAUGAGUCUACCGGCCGUGUACGACCAGUAUCACCCCAGGACAGAGAUGCCAGAGACUCCGAUGCUCGCCUAGACCUCCCUUGGCCCCAUUGGGGCCCAGACGCCAAUGCGCCAUAUCCGGAGAAACCGUCUAGACCUCCUUCUCGUCCUCAAUUAUCCAAUGCCAGUCCUUCUCCACAUCGACAGCUAUAUCCAACAGUCCCUUCAUGGGAAGAGGCUAUCCAGCUCCCUCAUUUUCGUGACGCGAGCGUUCCUCAAAUUAGAGGUAGCUCGACAACUACCCGAGAUCCCUCCCCGGUGCCCUCAACAAGCUCUUUUCCGACCCUUCGCGACCCCCUCUGCCGCGACUAUCUGAGUAUACGACGAGGUGGCCGCGUGCGAUAUGUUGGUCGGACUUUCUGGGGUCUCGUUGCCGGCAAGGAGAAUUUGAGCGAUGACUUCUUUGACGAAAACCGACAUGCCCACCCCGAUCUGCCCCUUCCCCAUAUUUCCUCUAUCGGCAUGUUUAAUCUCCUGCGGUCGCUACCCACCAAGCCCGUGAGUGAUGCCCUGUUCGAGAUCUUCUUCCUCGCCGUGUGGCCGCUUGUUCCUCUCCUACACCCGCCUUCCCUGCAGGCAGAAUACGACGAGUUCUGGGAUUGGUGCCGGAACAGUGAGAGUGCGUUACCCUCGGAUAAACUUCGCGAUGACCCUACCUUUAUAUGCCUUCUCUUUGCAGUCCUAUAUUGUGGCGCAUCCGCAGCACCAGUAGCCAGCUGGACGUACACCAACCUCCAUGGUCUACAGAAGGAGACGACAGUGAGCCACCUCAAGUCGGCAUUUACGACGAGCCUUUCUUUGUGUCAGCAUCUGGAGCAUCCAACUUUCAAUACACUAGUUUCAACUUUGCUGACGGGGCCGUUCCUGGACCGGCCCUUCGAGCCCAUGCGUAGUCUGGUGCAUGUGAGCACCACGGUGCGCAUUGCUCAGAUUAUGGGUUUACAUCGGGAAGGAACAUGGUCUGGGAUGAGUUGCGUGGAUAAGGAAAUCCGUCGUCGCAUCUGGUGGCACAUUGUUUGGCUCGAUGUGCAGUCGAGCAUCUCCACGGGGCUGACCCCCUGUUGUGGGAACGAGGCCUUGGAGACUGUGAGCAUGGUCGACACUCACCAUGAGGAACCCAGCGAUAUCCCUGCUAGACUUUCCCAACGCACCGACUCUGUGACUAAGACUAAUGGGAAAUCGGUGGCCGCACUAUACGCCAUCGGACGCUUUCAGACUGCUCACUUAAAAGCGAAAAUCGUGGCGCACCUGCAGAGCGCGCAAGGUCCGACCCAGGAUGGAUUUGGCGAGCUGGUCACAGAUGCCAAGGGGCUUCUGCAGAAGAUCGACUCGAUCAUUGCACGCGUUCCUACGCAGGGAAUCCCGGAAAGGGGUUACAUCCCAUCCCGCCUGGCCAAUGCAUCUCCAUCCACGCAUCCCUCGUUGUACAAGGAUGAUGCAAAGCAGCCAACCGUCUUUGCAGCCUGGACGCGAAUUAUGUUAACAUUGCUGAAAUCGGAAGUGGCCAUUUUAUUGCAGAAACCAUUUCUGCUACCCCCAGACAGGAAGAAUGCCAUGACGCAGCUUUGUGUGAAUUACUUGCGUAUCUACCUGCAGCUGUAUCAAGCUCCUGCAUUCUCCCCCUACGCGUGGUUUUUCUGCAGCCACUAUGGGCCUCUCCAAUGCGUAUUCAUCACCCUAAUAUAUCUCCAUUCCUUUCCGGACUCUGGAGAGACCUUGCUGGCCCGAUAUUGUGUUGAUGAGGUUAUACAUCACUGCGUGGCCCAGUAUCAAACUCCAAAUGGCUGUUCGACGAGGACCAGCCCUGAUGAUACUGAUUCCAAUGCGAGCAAGGCGCGGAUGCCAUUGGUCAUUCAGGUUCUCGUUGACCUUCACGAACGCCUCGACUCAUCUCUUGAAGCUGAAGACCGGCCCCCGCUGCCAUUGGACCUGAUCGGGUGUCAAGCUCGCUUUCCUACGUCGCACCUUGCUACCAAGUCGAGCGAGUUACGCGCGACAUCCAUUCAUACCUCUCCCGAUGGAUCCUCCUCUACCACUCGCACCAACCGCAAUUGUGAGACCCCAUCUAUGACCACAGGACCUCUUCCAGUGGUCGCUGGCGAAAAGCCAGGCCCGCCAAACAGCCUCUUGGUGGCUGGCAGUGACUCGGGCUUAGAUAUGGACUUCCUUGCUACUAUUUCCGAUCUAGAGGCCUGGUCGUCGUCGUUGAUUCUGGAAUCCGACAACCUCCUGGCGCAUUCUGAUAAUAUAACGCCCGAUCAUGCUAUAAUCACAGGGUUAGGCGCGCACAGUAUAGCAACUGGUCGCCGCGACCUGCAUGAAGGAUUCGAUUUCCAAGCGUAA